GCUCAAAGUGCGCUUCUUCAACGGUCAAUUUGAAACGUCCACGUAAAACGCAUGUGACAGGUGUCAGAUUUUGUUACUCAAUUGACAGCUGUUGAAGGGUUUAUGUUUACGUUUUUGGUGUUUACAAUCGAGUGCAAUAAACGCGACGAUUGAAGUUGUUCUUCCGAGUAGAUCGUCCACAUCUUAGUGCAAUGAUAAUGUUAAAAGUAAUUGGGCAUUGGAAGUUUGCAACAUGAACGAUCAAUCGCAGCUCAUUCCUGGUAUCGUACGUAGAGCGGCAACCGCAUCAUCUCAAAGUGCCACGCUUUAUCAUGCGAGUCAACAAAAUAAAGCUAUCCAUCCACCUAACGCAAUCAUUCCCGGCGUUGUUCGCGUCUGCCAUAGUGUCCCCAAAAAGCAUUUGCCAGAAAACUCAAGUAAACGUCCCUCCGGAAGCCAUCUAAAGGAUGCAAAGUGUGAUGAACUGACCAGACAAGCCGUCGCAGAGAUUCUCCGAGAAACAACGCAAGGAAAGACACGGGCUGAACAGCAGGGGUCAACUGCGUUGCGAAAAUGCCCGCUGAGAAAGACCAACAUACGGUUCCUAAACCGCACCGUAAUAUCGAUGGUCAAUCACAACAACCGAGAAAAGAAGAAAACCACCCAUCGUUCAAAACUGAAGUUAAACGAUCUAAAACGACAUAGAAAGAAUGGCGAGCGGCGUGUAGAGGAACCAUCCGAGCCUAUUCUUAUUCAGGACAAUGAUUGAAAAGUAUGCGACCUAUGGGAAAAAAGGAAAAUUAACCAGUAUGGAUCCAGCCGAUACUGUGUAUCGACAAUACGUCAUUAAAAACCCUUCCUUUUGGAACUGGAAUCCUGUGCUGCAAAACGGUGAUUAACGGAACUUAGAAUCCGCUUAAGUCUGAAUCUCAGACCAGAACUGAAUCAGCAUGUUUCUUCUUUUAAAAAGCAGAAAGAGCGUCGGGCAUAAGAUUAAUUUAUGUGAAACUCUUUGAG